UGCAGCGAGCGUGUCGUGCUGCUAUAGGCAUGGGACCUCGGCAUGGCAAAGAAUUGCCAGUCAAAGGCCCAGUGCUUUCGGCUGAAUUCCACUCCACGCACACGAUACUGCACACCGACGGGCUGCUGCCGCCUACGAUAAAUACGCUAGGCAAAUGCAUGACCUUGCGUUUUGACAUCCACGGCAACUCGGCGUACGAAGAAGUGACCCGCAACGACAUCCUCACCACCAUUCGAAUCGCCGCCACCAGCGUCGCCUGUGAGGCGAAUGAUCCCGACGGCACUCGGGCGCCAGUUCACGUCAUGUCCACAUCCCCUCAACGUCGAAGCAAACCCCAUUCCCGCAUCCGACAAGUCGGGGACACUGCCGUGGAAAUCCCGACCGUCCACAUGCGGGACAUUCGCAAACUGGACAAAAUGUUUUCGACCUCCAACGAACCGUCCAUCACGGUGCGCCAGCAAGCGAUCCUCGUCAACUGCGACCCCGUGCGAGCCGUGAUCAUGCGCGACUGCUGCUUUGUGUUUUUACCUGACGGCACCGACAGUUUGAUUGCGCAUCUGAAGUCCAACUUCAAACUGCACAUUGCCGACGCCUCGGCUUUCGAAUUCGCGUACAAUCACACCAUAUACGCGUUGGAGGCGAUUUUGGCCACGAUUUGCUGCAUCUUUUCGACGCAGUGCAAACAGGUGAUUCCACUGGGGCGGUCCGCCCUCGAGAAAAUGACCAAAGACGAGUCCAUGAGCGAACUGGAAAGCUUGCGGUCCAUCAAGAAUUCCAUGAGUGUGCUCGAGUCGCAACUGGGCGGCAUGCGGCGGUUGCUUAUGACGUUGCUCGAAAACGAAGCGGACUUGCACAUGAUGUACUUGACCAAGCUUUGCGAAGACCCCAAGCUGGCGCAAGACUUGUUCUACAUUGACACGGAAGAUGUCGAGUCUAUUUUGGAGCUGUACUUGCAGGUACUAACAAGUAAAUAUAAUAUCGACUGCAUGAUCGACACUCGACGGGUCCGGAUGUAGGAAAUCUUCAGCUCCCAAACCCGUGUGGCGCUGAUGGCGCAGAACAUUGUCAACACGGAGAGCAUCGUGAUGCUCAAACUCGACUCAAAGCGGAACUUUCUGCUGAGCGUGGACCUCAGCCUGACGCUCUUGGGCACGCUGAUUGCCAUGCCCACGUUUAUCGUGGGCGCGUUCGGCAUGAACUUGAACUCGCACAUCCAGGACACAGAAUACGUGUUUUGGGUCGUGUUUGCCCUGUGCGGGCUGUUCAUCCUCGUCGGCUACGUUGUCGUUGUCAAGUACCUCAAGCAACAAGGCAUCAACAUGUCGUGGACAUACUAAUCAUACCGGUAUACUACUAUUACUAC